AUGCCUCCUCUCAAUACUUCUCGUCCCUCUCCUGUCUCCUUCUUGCUAUUGGGCAUCCCCGGACUAGAGCACCUGCAUGUCUGGAUUGGGAUUCCCUUCUGCUCUUUGUACAUAGUGGCCGUGGUGGGGAAUGUGACCAUCCUGGCCGUGGUGAGGGCAGAGCGAAGCCUCCAUGAGCCUAUGUUCCUCUUUCUGUGCAUGCUGUCAGUCACCGACCUGGUCCUCUCCACAUCUACGCUGCCUCGCAUGCUUUGUCUCUUUUGGCUUGGAGCCCAUGACAUCGCUUUUGAUUCCUGCUUGGCCCAAAUGUUCUUCAUCCACAGCUUCACUGCCAUGGAAUCAGGCUUCUUUUUGGCCAUGGCCAUUGACCGUUAUGUGGCCAUUUGUUACCCACUGCGCCAUACCACCAUUCUCACCCAUGCUCACAUCACUAUUAUUGGAAUCAUUGUGGUGAUUCGGGGUAUAGCCUUCUUUUCUCCACAUCCCAUCCUGCUCAAACAGCUGCCCUACUGCAGAACUCGAAUAAUUUCCCAUACCUACUGUGAGUUCAUGGCUGUGGUGAAACUGGCGUGUAUGGAUACAGGAGGAACCAAACGUUACAGCCUCAGUAUGGCUACAAUCAUUGGCUCCUGUGAUGCCCUUCUUAUUGCUGUAUCCUAUGCCUUCAUUCUGCGGUCUGUAUUCCGCCUGCCAACCCGAGAGGCUAGCUUUAAGGCUUUGGGCACCUGUGGAUCCCACGUCUGUGUUAUUCUUGUCUUCUACUCCACAGCUGGUUUUUCCAUUUUUACUCACCGCUUUGGGAAAAAUGUACCUGCACAUAUCCAUAUUUUUAUUGCAAAUAUGUACCUUUUGUUGCCCCCUUUUCUCAAUCCUAUUGUGUAUGGAGUAAGGACCAAGAAAAUACGGGAACAUGUUCUUAGGAUACUAAUGGUCAAAGUUGCUUGA